GUGGAAAGGAUGCCCUCAGGUUGGCUGCUCUAGUCCGACGCUGCCAUCGGCUAGCUUCAAUCGCCCGUGUAGGCCACAACCACAGCCUCAAAAGGCGGCACAAUGCGGCGCGUGGGCAGUCGCGGAACGGAGACUAUCCCCUAAUAGGAGAAAAUACCCACACAAACUUCAUCGGCGGUGACGUAUCGGAGGCCAGCACCAACAGAAGCCGCACGCAUCACUAUCGGGGACGGACAUGACGGUGCGGGGUUGCAGCCAUUCUUAUCUCCAAGAUGCAACCGUACAGGUCAGUCGGCGAGCUCCGAAAAGAGCCCAUUUGUCUACUUUUAGCCGCCGCAAGCCCUCCCAACAAUGCUCCCAGGCAUCAUGUUCGAGUUGAACAGCCACACGACACCCUUGAUUGGAGGUGCCCUCCAAGAUGAUUGCCCUUUGGCAUAGCGACUCUCUGAACCUUUCCAUCUGCCUGUCCGCCGCGGCAGUGGCUUGUCUACUAUUUAUACCGGUGGCAUAUCUGCGACACAGGAAGGCGACGAGCCGGGUCCAGGUGGCUCGAGACGUGGCGCUGUCCUUCCCUCCUUCCAGGAGACAUGUCCUCCAGACCCUUGGCCUCCCAGGCUGCGCGGAAAAGGGGUGGCACGCACCUGCAGUCGACGUACCUCCCGAAAUUCUGAGGGAAAAUGCCCUACCUACCACGCGAGCGAUCCAAGCCAGUGAUGGGGGUGAGCUGUUCACCCCGACGGGCUUCUCGCUGCGAGAUAUAUCGAGCCUCGGAAGCUUCCCCGACUACUCGCUGCUAAGCGGCGUCCGCCACCCUCGGCCCUGUGGAGACGAUUUUGAUAUCAAACGCGCAACCUUCAGACCUUUCCGGCCGUUCAGAUGGGAGUAUCACCAGACGAUGGCCCUCUCUAAACUGGAACCGGAUUACUGGCUGGAGCUGGAAAAGAACUACUUCAAGAGCAUGGAAGCCCGCCGCGCGCUGAUUGAGAAGCACGGCGACCGCAUCUUAUUUCACGACCCGGGCUCGGAGCUGGCCUGCCGCGAGCUCAUGGAGAUGGUGAUCCAGUUUCUCUGCAAGCGAUACCCCAAGUACUUCCACCUCGAGCCGGCCACCGACAGCCACAACAGAGCCGCCACGCUCGUCAACAACCUCCUCGGCACCCGCACCGUCCUCUCGCCGCAGCACCAGCACCCGCUGCGGGUGCUGGCGGCCAACGUGCCCGAGGACUUUGCGCUGAUGCUGCGCAGCGAGCGCGACGGCCAGUACUACCUGCGGGCCGCCGUCGUCUGCUCGUCCGUCGGCUGGGACAUCGCGUCCAAGCGCGGGCUGGGGCUGGACGCCAUCCACGCGCCCGUGCCGCACUACGCGGCCCGCAUGGCGCCCAGCAUGCGGCGCUACUUCUCGCGCAUGCCGACCGACCGCCCCAUCCAGCGCUGCUCGUGGGGGCUCGUGGACUCGGAGCCGCUCUUCUCCAGCCCGCACGCCACCGCAGCCGCAGCCGCGGAGGGUGAUGAAAACAACAAAAGCGGCGGGUGGCGCCGCAGCGCCUUCUCGGACGCGGAAAUCGCCGCGGGGAGGGUCGGCGUCGACGACGUGCGCCUGCGCUGCGACUGGCAGACGCUGCGGCGCCUGCCGCUGAGCGGGGCCGUGUGCUUCAACUUCAGGGCCGUCUUCACGCCCCUGGCGGCGCUGCGGUCCGAGCCGUUCGUGCCGGCGCUGCUGGCCCGCGUGCUGGCCGAGGGGGACGGGCAGCUGGUGGGGCCGGACAAGUGCGACGGCCACGUUCGGGAUCUGGCCCUGGCCGCGCUGGAGGGCUGGGCGGCCCAGCAGGUCGAGGAGGGCAUCGCGCCGGCGGGCUGGGAGGUGCGGACCCUGGACGAGCAUCCUUUUUACCCAGGGUGGGAGGAGUGGUGGAGGGGGCAGCAAGGGUUCUGAUAGCUUCCAUUGUUCCCACAUGUGCUCGUUGUUAAUUACAAGAUGAUGACCCUCACGUCCAACCUCUCAGCAGCCUCCA